AUGGAAGACCAAAUCAAAGCCGAAUUCAUCAAGAGCGACUUCACCCUCGACCAAGAAGACGAAAUCCUCAAGAAAUGUCUCACUUUCUGCAUCAAUUACAAGCUCACGCCUUCGGAUCUCGUUUCAAGCUGGGAAAUUUACUACCUCAACAGGCAGUUAAAUGAGCCGGUGGUUCGAGAUGUCGAAAUGGAAGGGUUCUUGCAGCAUUUGCAGAAUGAGCAGAAAGAAGCUAUUAAUAGUAAGGAGGAACCGGGUCUGCAUAUCUACUCAAGUAAUGAUGUGGACAUGAUUUUGAAUGGUGAAGAUGUAGAUAUAGAGGAAACAGUUCUUCACACUCCAAUAUCCAAAUCCCAGAACCGUUAUUCAGAUUCAUUCGACUCAACACCACAAACAAAUGGGAACGUUCCUUCUUCUGGAAAACCAACAAAGCUUAUAACCCCCUUUGGUAGGCGAACUGACAAGUUUGUUGUGAAAUUUAGCAUCGAGAAUAUGCCAAAUACAGAGAAUGUGAAGAAGGAAGAUGAAAAUGAGAAUCAAGAUGAUGAUGACAUUAUCAGGAGGGUUAAGCCUGGGAAGAGGUGUUCUUUAGUAGUCCAUGGUUCAGGUCCUGAAAUAGACUGUAGAUUCAUGUAUGAUAGGAUUGCAGAUAGGUUUAAUGCACUGGAAAACCGAAUAUUAAAGCAUGCAACUGAACUAGUUUCGUCCGGGCAGUAUGAGGAACCAGUGGACCCAACAGUUUCUUCUGAGAAAAGUAUAUUUACUGUUGGGAUGAUCUGUUGUGACGGAGAAGGGCAUCUGAACGAGAAGUCCACCUUGUUGCAAAGCAGUGCCGAACAUUCUGGUGGCCAACGUGUACGUGUAGAGUUACACAAUGUGAGCCAGUAUUCAAUCUUUCCAGGCCAGGUAGUAGGUAUCGCUGGGCAUAAUCCUAGUGGGCAUUGCUUCAUUGCUUCCAAAAUGAUUGAUUCAAUCCCUUUAUCUGCUGCUGCUGAUGAAGACUUGCAUCCCGCCAAAAAGCCAGCUUUGGAUCCGGAGAGUUUGUCAAUUGGUCUGGCCAUUCCACAACCAGAGCUAUCAGUGAUCAUUGCAUCAGGUCCUUUUACCACGAUUGACAACUUACUGUUUGAACCUCUGAAAGAGCUGCUAGCAUAUGCAAACAGAAAGCUCCCUCAGUUGCUUAUAUUGCUAGGACCAUUUAUUGAUUCAGAACAUCCAGAAAUUAAGAAAGGCAAUGUUGACAGGACCUUUGAUGACAUAUUCCAAUUUGAAAUUUUAAGAAGGUUGCAAGAUUACGCAGAAUACAUGGGUUCACAUGCACGUGUCGUUCUUGUACCAUCUGUACGUGAUGCUAACCAUGACUUUGUUUUUCCUCAGCCUCCCUUUGAUAUUCAUCCUCCAGAUCUCAAACAUCAGAUAACCAGUCUCACAAAUCCAGGAAUGUUAGAGGCAAAUCAGGUCAAGAUAGGUUGCUGCUCUGUGGAUAUUCUUAAACAUCUUAGCGGAGAGGAGACCUCACGUUUUCCAAAGGAUGGAACAUCCCGUGAUCGCAUGAGUAGACUUGCAAACCAUAUACUCGGCCAACGCAGCUUUUAUCCUUUAUAUCCACCAGCAGAAAGUGUUCCAUUGGAUUUUUCACUUGCUCCAGAAGCUCUAAACAUCUCAUUGAUCCCAGACAUUCUCAUCCUACCCUCUGACUUGAAGUAUUUUGUAAAGGUGCUCUCCCUUGGUGAAGGAGAACCGCCAGUUAAAUGCAUCUGUGUCAAUCCUGGAAGACUCUCAAAGGGAGAAGGAGGAGGUACUUUUGUAGAGCUUAACUAUUAUGGUAGCCCUGACACAUCCAAUGCUUCCAUUAUAGGCAUAUAA